AUGGCAGUGAAGGCAAACUUGCCUGUGACAGCAGGAUCUAUAGUUGUCCCUUAUGGGCAUGUGAUUGGGCAUGAGAAGUGGAGAGGGUCAGAGGUGGCUCAAAGGCUACAAGGGAAAAUUAGGCUCAUCUUUGAAGAUGGCUUGGGACUUGUGGAUUUUCAUCUUUCAAACAAUACUUGCAUUUUAUAUAUUUCCGAAGCAGAUUUGGUUGCAGGGAAUGAAUUCAGACGAAGACUGGUUCGGUUUAGAAAUGGCAGCAGUUACUGGGGAAUUGUAAUUGUAGAGAAAACCCAAAUAAGUGAUCAGUACUUCUUAGCAGUACAAAAGCUUGUUGUGCUAGAACUUGGAAUGGUGUUGCUUCCUGUGGCAAAUCAAGCAGAAGCUUCUCAACUUAUUACUCAGCUAGUCCGGGAACAAAGCAAGGAUCACAACAGUAACCCCUUUCUUCGUAAACAAUGUUCUCAGCUGGCAGAGCCAUCGCUGUUUCGGACAGUGCAACAAAUUCCAGGAGUUGGGAAAACAAAAGCUUUGCUUUUACUGCAGCAUUUUGGAAGCAUCCACCGGCUUUGUAACGCGUCGGUCGAGGAGCUCGAGCCGGUCGUUGGACAAACGGUAGCACAACAAAUUUACACUUUUUUAUGUUCCUGA